ACUCAAACCCACAACCCUAGGGUUAGGAGUCAAAUUCUCUAACCAUUAGGCCACAACUUACAGAACACUGAACUACUGAUAGUAUAAAGUUACCCAUAAACCACUUGAUGACUCAGAAGUGCUUAUCGGGACAGCUGUGAUAUUUUGAGAGAAGUCAUUUAUUUUAUUCAUUUAUUUUAAUUCUUUAUUUGAUUUCUUUCUGAAAUUUGACUGGUCCGUGGGGUAAAAAAGAGUUGAUCUUUAUUAUUUCCACUUUAUAUAAAAAGGGAACAAUUACAUCCCAAGUUCAGAUCUGACUUGUGUCUGUUGUUUCUGACCACAAGCCUUCACCUCGUUUACGAUCUCUCAAUCUUCUGAUCGAUUCAGUUCUAUCUGUGAUAACAGCAAUCCUUCCUUAGACACGUGUUACAGUAACGUUAUAUUGUAAUGCAUUACUUUUAAAAGAAACUUUCCCCAACACUGUAAUGUACAGUCAGUCUCAUUCAGACCGUGCACGCCUGCGCUGCUUGAUCAGACUCUCACUGAUGACACUAUGAGAAUGGUUCUGUGAUGAUGAAGGUGAUGGUGAAGGUGAUGAUGGUGAUAAGCGCGAGACCGCAUCUGUCGGUCUUCAUCAAAGCUCUCCGGAGUCGAUCAGCGGAAACAGCGCGCGCUUCUCGUUUCUCUCUGAUCCGGAUCAUGACGCAGCUCGAGCUCCAGUGGGGAUGAAGCCAGGUCAGAGCCGGUAUAAUACAAGCUCUUUUGUUGGAGUUCUCUGGCCCGGAUCGGUUUCAUCUAAUUGUGAAGAGGCUGCGUCAGAUUUCAGCCGCGUUUCGCAAUCCGUCUUUAAAUGCGCGCGCACGCAGAUUUCACGCUGACCACAUUCUUCUGAUUGUUGGUCCGUUAUACGAGUCUGCGGUCAACCAAGGGCCGUCCAUACAGUGGAACACGAGAGCCUCAAAGCUCGCUGGAGCUUCACCUCUGACCGCAGCGUGAGGAGAAGCUUGGAGACGCCGUGAGGAGCGCGCGCGUCCGGUUGGUGAAGUUUGGUGGGCGCGUGUUUCUCAGCGAUUCUUGGCACCGUUUUUCCAGGAGCUCGAUGAAAUGAAGAUGAAUGAAACUCGAUCCGUGAUAAUCUCCUGGGCUUUGUAGGAGGUAUAUAACGGCGAUGGACGCGCACUGAGCAUGUCCGUAUCUCUGCGCGCUUUCGACGAUCACCCGGAGCCGCUGCUGCUGAUCCACGGUCUGGACAUCAUGCAUCCGAACAAGUCCACCUCCUCUUCAUCCUCCUCCUCCUCCUCAUCCUCAUCCUCGAACUCGGAGAAGAAACUUUUCUCCAAGCUCAAGGUGAAUCUGACCAAGAAUUACCCGAAGAAGAACGCGGAGAUACUGAGCGGACAGUACGGAGCCAACCUGCUGCUGAUCGGUGUGUCCGUGAUGCUCGCGCUCGCCCAGCACGGUCCCGUGGUGAAGAACGAGCACCUGCUGGCCUUCAUCACGGCUCUGAUGCUCGUGCAGCUCGUGUGGAUGCUGUGCUACAUGAUCCAGAGGGAGCGGGAGCACGGUCCGGUGCAGGAGAAGGACGCGCACGCGAGCACCAGCUGGAUCCGAGGGGGGCUGACGAUGCUCGCGUUGCUGUCGCUCAUCAUGGACGCGUUCCGCAUCGGCUCUUUCGUCGGAUAUCUGUCCUGCGUCUCCGCCGUGAUCGGAGUCUAUCCCAUCGUGCACGCGCUGCACACCAUAUCUCAGGUGCACUUCCUCUGGUUCCACAUCAAAGAUGUCAUCAAGAAAUAUGAAACGUUUGAAAGGUUUGGAGUAAUCCACGCCGUCUUCACGAACCUGCUGCUGUGGUGUAAUGGAGUGAUGUCAGAAUCUGAACAUUUCUUCAACACCCACAGGAGACGCCUGACCGAGCUGGGAUACGACAAUCUCUCCACAGUGGAAACAGAGCCGAGCUGUAACUGCACCAUCAGCGUCUGCUCCAUGUUCUCCACCAGUCUCUAUUACCUGUACCCCUUCAACAUCGAGUACCACAUCUUCGUGUCGGCCAUGCUGCUGUUGAUGUGGAAGAACAUCGGCCGGCCGCUGGAGCUCCAGGGCAGCGGUGAGCGUCCCAGCACCAGGAGCGCGGGUCUGAUGCUCGGACCGAUGCUGGGUCUGCUGGCGCUGGCCAGCUCCGUCACCGUGCUGGUGGUGUACCUCAUCCACAUAGAGAAGUCCCAGCAGACGCGUGAGGCCGCCAUCUCCAUGUUCUACCUGUACGGCGUGGUGAUGAUGAGCUGCAUGUGUGUCGCGAGCGGAGCCGGGCUGCUGGUGUAUCGUCUGGAGGCCUGGCCCAUGGACACGGGUUCGAACCCGUCGCGUGCGCUGGACUCGGAGCUGCUGCUGGGCUCGUCGCUGGGCUCCUGGCUGAUGUCGUGGUGUAGUGUGGUGGGUGUUAGCGCGGGACCCGGCUCUCCGAGCUUCCGCUGGACCUGUCUGGUGUACUCACUGCUGCUGGUGCUGGAGGAGUGUGUGCAGAACCUGUUCAUCGUGGAGUCGCUGUACCGCACACCCAGAGACCCGGACGAGGAACCUGAGAUCUUCUCCAUCACUCCAGCGCUCGACAGCAUCGUGAACCACGACUGCGACACACAGGACAAGCCCUGCACGAGUCUGGAGGAAGAGACGCCUGAGAACAGCAGGAAGAACUCUGACAUCACACUUCCUGUGAGAAACCAGCUCAGCGUGACACAUGGGAGGAAGAGACAGAUCCUGAAGAACAUCACCAUCUUCCUCUUCAUGUGCAACAUCUCGCUGUGGAUUCUCCCGGCCUUCGGCUGCCGUCCUCAGUAUGACAGCGGUCUGGAGCAGGACACCUUCGGACACAGCGCCUGGACCACGGUGCUGAACCUGGCCAUCCCCUUGAACCUCUUCUACCGCACACACUCGGUGGCGUCGCUCUUCGAGGUCUUCAGGAAGGUUUGAGGACGACUGAGACUCUGGUCUGAGGAAGCUCAUGUGUUCAGAACGAGCGAUCUGAUCCGGUUCUCACGCCUGAAGAUUCUUCACACGCGCACAC